AUGCAAUAAAAUAAAGAUUUUCAAUAGAAUUUCAGAUGUAAGUAUCAUUAAGAAGAUGUGAAGUAUUUUUGUACUGAAAAGAAUUGCAAUUAGAAUAAAAUUUUCUGUUUCUAGUGUCUUUAAGAGGGAUAACAUAUAAUGCAUCAAAGAUCAAUUCAAUUGAUCUAGAAUCUUUACCAAUUCAUAAAUAAUUAAGUUGAAAGAUUAGAACAACAUGUUUCUUAUUUCUAGAAACAAUUCGAAACUCUUUUAAAAUCUUUUAAAAUUUUUAUAAGAGGAUUUGAAGAUUAAAUUUAUGGAUUGAAAUCCACAAUUUAUUUGUUGGAUUAAUCCAAUUUUUAAAAUAUAUUCAGAUUUUUAUAAGAAUUUGAUAACAUAUAAGAAACAUUUGAGAUUUAAUAGCAGGUUUUUGGAAAAUAGGCAAAAAGGUUUGAUGAAUUGCUUUAAAAAUAUUAAUUAGAUUUUGUAAUAGAGAAAAACGAAGAAACCUAUCUUAAAAUCGGUUUAUUUUUUAUAAUUAAUAAUAGGUAAUCACUUAAUCAAAUCUAAACUCUAUGAAAAAGGAUUGAUGUAUUAUGAAGAAAUUUUAAAAAUUAAUCCCUAAAAUUAUUUAGCUUAAAUUGGGAUAGGUAAACAAUCUUUUUAUUAGUAGGAGAUUACUUAAUAAUCAAAUAAGAUUAUUAAAAAGCAUUAGAAAUAUUAAACUAAACCGAAAUAUAUGGUAAUAAUAAUCCUCAAAUAUACUUUGCUAAAGGUUAAAUUCGAGUUAUUUUUAGGGGAGUGUCAUAGAUAUAUGCUCGAAUAUUAAUUGGCUUCUGAUGAAUAUGAAAAGGCUUUGAAAAUUAAUAAAAAUGAUUAAAAAUCACAUUACUAUAAAGGUAAAUAAAUUAUAUAUUGUAAAGGGUUGUGUUAACAACUGAUAUUUAAUUUUUUAGAAGCUUAAAGUUCUUAUCAAAAUGCCAUUACUUUAGAUAUGGAUACUCCUCAUGGUUAUCUUUCAAAAUGUAAUAGUUGUUUAAAUUUAAGGUGGCCUGCUAUUCUCAUAAUAUAAUAUAGAGGAUGCAAAAAUUUAAUUGGAAAAAGCUUUGGGUAAAUUCCCGAAUAACUAUGAUAUUCUCGAGUUUUAAAGUAAAGUACUUAUUAAAAUUACAGUACUUCAACUAUAUUUUCAGCAAGAAUUUGAAGAGUGUCUAUAAUAAUGCAACAAAUGUCUUAUUUUUUUUCCAAAUAAUAUUGCUAUGUUAACAUAUAAAUGUAACCAUAUUGCCAUAAUAAGCCUUUGUUUUAAUUAUUUAAAAUGAUGUUAAUUAAGCUUAAAAAGUUCUUAAGAUUAUUGAGUAUUUCAACAAAUAAUCAAUAUCAGCAUAAGUAUGCAAGAGUAAAUAUUCAGGAAUAAAAUAGAAUUAAUAAAUAUAAAGAAUAAAGAGAUGAAAGAAGAGGAAGGUUUAUUCAAAAUUAAUCCAUAAAAUUAAAUUCUAAUCAAUAUUUUAGGUAAUUAAUUUCUCAAAAUAAAAGGAGAAUAAUUGAUCUAGAAAAAUUAAUAUCAAGAGGCGAUUGCUAUCUUUGACUAGACAUUAGAUGGAAACAUUAAAUAAAAAUAUUGUUUGAAAAGAAAAGGUAAGUUUUUAUAUAUUUUAAGCCCAAUGCUUAUUUUAAUUGAAAAAAAUUGACGAGGCUAUUUCCAUAUGUGAUUAAAUGCUAAUAUUAGAUAAAUUUUGGAAUGAGGCAUAUAAAAUAAAAAGUAUAAAAAAUUUUUAUCUAGUUUAAUGUUUUAUGCAAAAGGGAGAGUUUAAUAAUGUAAUUGAAACUUGCUAAACAAUAAUAAAAAUAGAUCCUAAAUUUGUUUAUGCUUAAAAGAUAAACAGUAAUUACCUAUUAUAAUUUAGUUAAGUAUUUACUAAAGAUAAAAAGUAAUGAUUAAGCUAUUUUAUUUUGCGAUUAAAUGAUAAAGGUUUUUCCUUAAUAUUUCAAAGCUUUUGGUCUAAAAGGUAAUUAUACAUUGAUUUUUAGCUAAUUACUUAAUCAAAUCAUUCUAGUAUGAUUAACUUAUUUAAGUAUGUGACAAUAUGUUGCAAAUUGCUCCAUAAAUAGUAAGAUUGCAUGAUUUGAAGAGUAAAUUUAUCUUUCAUGCCUUAGUUAAAAGUUUCAUGAAAUUGAAAUUAUAUAGUUAGGUUUAUGAAACCUGCAAUUUGCUAAUAAAUACUAAUCCAAAAUAUGUGUUAGCCUAUGUAGCAAAAAGUAAUCAUCAGCUUAUUUUAGUCAAAUGCUUAUACAAAUAAAAGAAAUUUUCAAUUGUUAUUGACAUAUGCGAUUAAAUGAUAGAAAUCAAACCAAACAAUCAAAUGUUUUAGGAGAUUAAGCGUAAUUAUUUUACAAUAAUUAGUUAAAUGCUUAAAGAAAUUAAAAUUAUAUAAUUAAGCCAUAAUAAUUUGUGAUAAGAUGAUAAAAAUAAAUUGUCGAUUACCUUAUGCAUUUUUUCUGAAAAGUUAAAAUAUUUUUAAAAACUUAGUGAAAUGUCUGUUCAAACAAUAAUUAUAUGAUUCUGCUUUUAAAGGCUGUGAUUUAAUGUUAAGACUUUAUCCCUAAGAUUUAAAGCUUUAUAGCUUAUAGAGUAAUUUCCUUCUUAACUUUAGUAUAAUGCUUGAUGAAAUAAAAAAAAUUUGAACAAGUGAUAUAUAUUUGCGAUAAUUUGAUAAAUAUGUGUUAAAAUUUGAGUUUUGCAUAUAAAAUGAAAAGUAAUAAAACAAUAAAACCUUAAGUUUAUUCAUUAAAAAAACUCUAGCGUUAUGAUGAUGCUAUCCAAGUUUGUGAUUUAGUGUUAAAACUUUUCCCUUAGAAUUAAAAAGUGAAAAUCUUGAAAGGUGAAAAAUUUCUAAUGAUUUAGUAAGUUGUUAAAGAAAAUCAAAAAAAUUUGAAGAAAUUGUGGAAAUUGUUGAUAAUUUGGAAAGAAAAAGUAAUCUUUGACUUAUUUUAGUAAAAUGCUUUUUAAACUUAAAAAAUUAUAAUUAAGUUAUUAAAUUAUGUGAUUAGAUGAUAGAAAUUAACCAAAAUAAGCAAAUUGUUUUGGAUAUUAAGCGUAAUUAUAACUCAACUUUUUAGUGAAAUGCUUAAAAAAGUUACAUUUCUUUGAUGAAGCUGCAAUAACUUGUGAUAAGAUGAUAAAUCAGAAUCUAAAAUCAAAUUAGGCAUAUGAAAUGAAGAGUAAAAAUCCAUUACAUUUUAGUCUUAUGCUUAUAUAGAGGUAAAAAGUAUUAAGAGGCUCUUUAAAUUUGUGAUUAAAUGCUAUAUAUAAAUUCAAAUUGGAUUUUUGCAUUAGAAAUAAAAAGUAAAAAACACUCUAUUUAGGCAAAUGUUUAUAUCUACUCAAAAAAUAUUAAUAAGCUUAAAAAACCUGUGAACUGGUGAUUUAAUUAGAUCCUUUAUAAAAAGAGGCUUACGAGUAAUAAGGUAAUUUAUUAUAAACUAUUUUCAGUUAAAUAAUUGAUAAAAUUACAGUUAUAUGCUUAAGCUAUUCAAGUCUGUGAUAAAAUGCUAGAAAUCGAUCCAAAACAGACUUUGGCAUCCUAUUUAAAAAGUAAUCAGUAUUCUAUUAUAUAGUUGAAUGCUUAUAUAUUCUUAAAAAGUAUGAGAUAGUUCUUGAAAUCUGUGAUUAAAUGUUUAAUAGCAUUUAAGCUAAACCAAAAGAUUACAAAAUUUUUGAUAUGAAGCGUAUAUCAUUUAUUUUUCCUUAAGUUUAUUGCUUGAUAAAAUUAAAAAAGCUUAAUGAAGCGAUUUAAUUAUGUGAUUUUAUGAUAAACAUUGAUUCUAAUAAAUAUGCUUAUGAAGCAAAAAGUAUAAUAAACUUUUAUUAGUUCAAUGCUUAAGCAAAUAAAACAAUUUUUAAUUAGCUCUUGAAGUUUGUGAUUAAUUUUUGCAAAAGAUUCCUCUUAAUAAAAAAGUUCUAAAAAUGAAAAGUAAAAUAAUGAAUUUAAAUUUAGUAUAAUUUUUAACAAAAUUAGAAUUAUAUGUGAGAGCAAUUGAAGCUUGCGAUUAUAUGAUCAGUAUUGAUUUUAAAUGGAUUUACGCUUAUCUAAUUAAAAGUAAUAUCAAUUGUAAUUUAGUAAAUUGCUUAUAAAAGUUAAAUAAGUUUGAUAUCGCUAUUUAAGUCUGUGAUUAAGUUUUAGAUAUUGAUUUUAAGUGCAAUAUUGCUUAUCAAAAAAAGAGUAAUCAAAUAAUUUACUGUUUAGUAAAAUGCUUAGAAAACAUAUAAAAAUACGAUCAUGCUAUUUCAGUAUGCGACAAGAUGCAAAACAUUUGUUCUAAAUUUAAAUUUGCUUUAGAAACGAAAGGUAGAUUACUUUUAAUUUUUAGUUGAAUUCUUGGAAAAAUUAAAUAAGUAUGACUAAGCAGUUUAAGUAUGUGAUGAAAUGUUAAGUAUAAAUUCUGAAUGGUAAUAUGCUUUUAAAAUGAAAAGUUUUCUUUAAUUUAUAUUUAGUCUAUUGUUUAUAAAUCCUAAAUAAUCAUCUUCAAGCCAUUAAGGUAUGUGAUUAAUUAUUAGGUGUUAAAUAACAAUCCAAAUAUGCUAAAGAAAUGAAAAGUGAUCAUUUAUGUUAUUUUUAGUCUCUUCAUUAGAAAACUUAGGUUUUUAUGAAGAUUCUAUUUCUUUGUGCAAUAAAAUGAUUGAUGUUUAUCCUAAAAGGGAAAAAUCAUAUGAAAUUAAAGGUAUCCAUUAUUUUAGAUUUAGUUAAUUGCUUAAUAGCUUUAAAUAAUUUUGAGUAAGCAAAGUUAGUUUGCGACUAAAUUAGAAAUAUCAACCCAAAUUCUUAAUUUGCAAUCGAUAAAAUAAAAACAUUAGAAUAAAAAUAAUCCCAAAAUUUAUUAAAAAGAUUAUUUGGAUGA